AUGUCCGAUACUAAGAAGGCUAGGAGAGUUCUUUUUCCUAUUGAUUCAAGUGAAAAUUGUGAACGUGCUUUCAAUUGGUUUAAAGCAAACUUACGAAAACCUGACGAUAUCAUCUUCUUCAUUCAUGUAAUCGAGCCCGUCUACACAACUCCAGCAAUCGGACUGGCUAUGGAAUCUCCUCCUAUGGUGGUUGAUGAUAUGACAAGAGUUAUGGAAGAGAGCAUUGCGUGUGGCAAGAAGCUCGGUCAAAAAUAUAUGCAACUUGCUAAAGACGAGAAACUGGAAUGCAAAGCUUUCCUUCAUGUGGACACCAAACCCGGCGCUGCAAUUUGUAAAUCGGCAAUUGAUCAUGGAGCUGAUAUCAUCGUGAUUGGAUCUCGUGGUCUUGGAGCGAUUAAACGCACACUUCUUGGUAGUGUGAGUGAUUAUAUUGUGCACAAUGCUUCUCUCCCUGUUGCGAUUAUUCCUCCAAAUGUUUAG